AUGGUUACCACAAAGAAGAAAAGGAACAGAGAAAGGAAGACGAAAGAAAGCUUCAUCUCUCGGACUGAUUCAACCCACUUAGAUGCCCCGAGGUUGUGACCAUGACGGAAUGGAAGGCGCCUGUAGUGUGGGAAGGCACUUACAACACAGCCAUCUGGGAUGAUUAUUAUGCCAAACAGAAAAUUACCAUCGGCCUGAUGGUUUUUGCUGUUGGAAGUUACAUUGGGCAUUACUUGGAGGAGUUCUUAAAGUCUGCUAAUAAGCACUUCAUGGUUAGCCACAGAGUCAUAUUUUACAUCAUGGUGGAUGAUGUCUCCAGGAUGCCUUUGAUAGAGCUGAGUCCUCUGCACUCCAUCGAAGUGUUUGAGAUCAAGCCUUUGAUCUCAAAGGCUUGUGUUUGAAAGGAGUUGGCCGGACAUCCUCACGAUGUGCGUGAAGACCAUUGGGGAGCACAUCGGGGCCCACAUCUGGCAUGAGGCU